GCACGUUACAACACGAGUAAGAAAAUGGACUCAAACUCUUCAUUCGAUUGGCCUCACGCGCUGAAUUAUAAUGGGACAUACAAGUACCUCUACUUAGAAGGCAACGUCUCCUAUGUGGACUUCUACCUUCAUCGGCCUUCAGUGGCAGCUGUCUUCAUCGUCUCUUACCUCCUCAUCUUCCUGCUCUGUAUGGUUGGCAACGGAGUGGUUUGCUUUAUUGUCCUGAGGAACAGACAUAUGUACACAGUCACAAACCUUUUCAUCUUAAACCUGGCUGUCAGCGAUUUACUGGUGGGAAUCUUCUGCAUGCCCACCACCCUCCUGGACAGCAUCAUUGCAGGAUGGCCGUUUGGGAGCCUGGUUUGCAAGGUGAGCGGGAUGGUCCAAGGAAUCUCUGUUUCUGCCUCUGUCUUUACUCUAGUUGCUAUUGCCGUGGACAGGUUUCGAUGCAUUGUUUAUCCGUUUAAGCAGAAGCUGACCAUUCCAACAGCGGUCGCCAUUAUAGCGGUCAUCUGGAUUCUGGCCGUCGCAAUCAUGUGUCCUUCUGCGGUCAUGCUGCAGGUGCAAGAGGAGAAGCAUUUCAGGGUGCUCCUCGGCUACGGCAAUGAAACCCGCCCUGUAUACUGGUGCCAGGAGGACUGGCCCGACCCAGGAAUGAGAAAGAUCUAUACGACGGUUCUGUUUGCCAACAUCUACCUGGCUCCCCUGUCGCUUAUUAUCAUCAUGUAUGCUAGGAUAAGCAUUGCUCUCUUCAACACAGCAAUGCCCGUGGUGGGAAAACACAGACGGGAGCAGCGGCACAGCACGUCUAAAAAGAAGCAGAAAGUCAUCAAAAUGCUCAUUAUUGUGACUUUGCUUUUCACCCUGUCCUGGCUUCCCUUGUGGACUCUGAUGAUGCUCUCGGACUAUACCAACGUUUCAGAUAUCCAGUUGCAGAUCAUCAACAUUUAUAUCUAUCCCUUUGCUCACUGGCUGGCCUUUUUCAACAGCAGCGUCAACCCCAUCAUCUACGGUUUCUUUAACGAGAACUUUCGCCGAGGCUUUCAGGCGGCCUUUAAACUUCAGCACUGCUCCAGGAAGGUCGUUCACAGGGAGGUCUAUUCUCAGCGAGGCCAAAGCAAUGCCGUUUUGCCGGCUGCCGACUACCCGACGCCUCAGGAUCAAGCUUGUCGAAAUGCUAAGGAGGAGGGGAAGACAGUUAAGAAAGGAAACUGGGUGAAUAACCAGCAGGAUUUGGUAAUGGAGGAUCUAGAAGAGCCCUGCAACGAUGGGAUUAAGUGA